ACCGCUGGGGUUACUAAAACCCCCAGAACUGAGUCUCUACUUUAUUCAAUCCUCUUCGGGGUACAAUAACCUCAAAACAAAAAAUAAAAUGUUUCAGGGAAGAAUAGGGGGCACUGCAGAAAAAGCAGGACCAACAAAAAUCGAACAUCUGGAGUAUAAACAAAUAAUAGUAUAAUAAACAAUGGCAAAGGGUAAACGAGGAAGAGCUAAGAAGAAUCUUGGAGAUAAAUCGAAAAACAAAGAAGAAUGGGAUGCUCGACAUCAGCGUCACUACGAUGACAUAGUCCGUGACAAUAAGGACUUUGAGACAUUCUACAAAUUGCAAAAAAUCGUUCCUGAGGACGAGUGGUCCGAGUUCCUCACGAAAAUGAAGGAAAAUUUGCCAGUGGCAUUUCGAAUAACAGCUGGGUCUCGAGCGGAAACAAAAGCCCUCUCCAAUAUAAUCCAGGGUGAUUUCUUCACGGAAAUUCUGAAUACGAAAUCCGAGGGAACUCCAGAGGAAGAGCCAAAGGUCAAGCCUCACUGUUUGCCAUUUUACCCUGAGGGUUUGGCCUGGCAGUUACAGCUGACGAGAAAGGAUAUCCGAAGGUCCGAGGCUUAUUUUCGUCUCCACAAUUUUUUGAUUGCUGAAACUAGCAGUGGAAGCAUCAGCAGACAAGAGGUCGUCAGUAUGAUUCCCCCUCUGGUGUUAGAUGUGAGACCUGAGCAUCGGGUGCUUGACAUGUGUGCAGCCCCGGGUUCGAAGACAGCUCAGCUGAUCGAGAUGAUUCACUCGGACGAGAGUCGUCCUCAUCCCAAGGGAUUCGUCAUCGCCAAUGAUGUGAGCAACAACAGGUGCUACAUGCUGGUGCAUCAGGCGAAACGACUGAACAGUCCCAAUAUCCUGAUAACAAAUCACGACUCCUCGGUGAUGCCAAAUUUUAGAAUAACGAAUACUGAUGGCUCCGAAGGGACUCUUAAAUUCGAUAGAAUUUUGGCUGACGUUCCCUGCACCGGAGAUGGCACGAUGAGAAAAAAUCCUGACAUCUGGUGCAAGUGGAAUCCAGCGAAUGGUCACAAUCUUCAUGGAAUUCAAUUUAGAAUAGCUAAGAGAGGACUGGAGAUGUUGACUGUGGGUGGUAAGAUGGUGUACUCAACGUGUUCAUUGAAUCCUCUGGAGAACGAGGCUGUCCUCCAUCGACUGCUCUGUGAGACUGGAGACUCUGUUAAGAUCAUAGAUGGACGGGAAUUCGUUCCUGGUUUGGUCUGUAAUCCUGGAGUCAGCUGGUGGGUGGGUGCAUCCAAGGAUAUGAAGAUUUAUGAGACCUUCGAGGAGGUGCCUGAGCAGUGGCAGACUCUCGUGAGGCCCAAGAUGUUUCCACCGAGUGCUGAAGAGGCUGGAAAAUUUAAUCUGGAGAAAUGCAUGAGGAUUUUACCUCAUCAUCAGGACACAGGGGGCUUCUUCGUGGCUGUUCUCGAGAAGGUCAAGCCUCUGCCCUGGGAGAGGGACCAGGAGGCAAGUGAGGGAGGGAAGAGGACCGAGAGUGAAAGAACUGGUGCGCCUGAAAAAAAAAGAAGGAAAAUGUUUGGAUAUCGAGAGGAUCCUUUUGUCUUCUUCAAGGAGGACGAGGACGUCUGGGAUGCCAUCAAAAAAUUCUACAGUAUCUCUGACGAUCUCGACCCCAGGUGUCUCCUGGUGAGAUGCCUAAAGGGAAAGAAGAAGAAUAUUUACUUCACAUCACCAGCAAUACGGGACAUUGUUCUUCUCAAUGAAAAUCACGUCAAGAUGAUCAAUACUGGAGUCAAGACGUUCGUCAGGUGCGAUAAUAAAAAUAUGAAGUGCGCUUUUAGACUAGCCCAGGAGGGGAUGCCCAGUAUUCUUCCCUACGUGGGAGAGGAUCGUAAGAUUAAAGUCGGGAGGGAAGAUCUCGUGGAGCUUCUGCAGAAUAACAAUCCCCAGAUGCCACCGGAAAUAGCCAAAUUGAGUGACGAGGUGCAGAAGAGGACAGCAAAUAUAGACUCGGGCAGUUGCAUUCUGAUUUAUGAGGAGGACAGCAAGGAUAGUCCUGAUCCUCUCAGGCUCGUGAUGGCUGGCUGGAGAGGGACCAUGUCCUUGAGAGCUUAUGUACCACUUCACGAUGCUAUUCAUUAUUUACGAUUGUUGGGAGCUGAUUUUUCGAAAUUCGAGAAGAACAAAUUCAAGGAGAAUCGUAACGCGAAUAAAAUAAUUGAAGGGGAUGACGACACUUCGAUAUCUCCAUCCAACGGAGAAGAAAUUACGGAUGACAAAAUUGCUGAAGAUCCUGUGGACCCUGAAAUCGCUGAAACUAUGUGAUUUUAGUUUUUUAUUUAUCUGAUGGCUCGUCAGCGAGGACCAAUCGUCGUGAAUUUUAUAAAUUUUGUAUUUUUCAUGAUAAUAGGAAACUACAGUGAAAUUUCCUUUUUAUUUAUUUCCUCUCGUUCAAUAUUCUAUGAAGCUUGGUAAUAUUGCAGAUAAAUUUCGCCAGUUUAUGGUCGGAUACAGAGGUAUUUCAGUUGUUUCUUGUGAGAUUCCUCAAUUUUUUUUAUUGUUAUAACCAGAAUUUUAAUUGCGGUCUAACUAUCGUAAUUUCAAUUCUACCUAGAGCAUUCGCACUUUCGCUCACUAAAUGUCCAUUCAUUCUGUAAUUCUCAGUGAUUAUCUAUCAUUCCUAGAGGACGGGUUGCACUAUGACGUAUAAAUAUGUAAAAACAUUACACUCGGUAACAAAUACGUAGACUAUAAAAGAAAUACGACAAAAAAAUUCUCCAACAAAAAAGAUCUAAAAAUCGGACGAUGUCGGGCUAGUAAUCUCUUCCGGUUGGUGAUGUCAGCUUUCCACUGAGGUUCUGAGUCUUAGAUGGAGAUUUUGUACCUGAAAAUCAGUGAAUGUUAUCUUUGUGAUAUUGAGGAUAACAGCAGGAUUAGUUUUUUUUUUUCAGUCGAGAGAGAAAGGGACGAUUGCAUUUUUAGGAAAAUUUUUACUGGAAAAUUGAAAAAAAAAUCCAUUCAGUAGCAAUUAAACUAGAGAGAGAAUAAAGGCAAUAGCCCAUUUGUUUUA